AUGCCUUUAAACAUUUUAAACAACACUAUUGAAAAUCCUAAUAAAAACCGUGGAGCACUUAUUGUUCUUGAAGGCUGUGAUGGAUCAGGAAAAUCAACGCAAGCAAAAAGGCUUUAUGACCAUUUAAAAAAUGAUGGAGCUAAUGUUAAUGAAGAAGAUUUGGAUGAUAAUGCAGUUCAUUUAUUAUUUUCUGCUAAUAGAUGGGAACACAUUUCAGCGAUGAAAAAUUAUCUUCUUGAUGGUACAACUUUAAUAGUUGAUCGCUAUGUAUUUUCUGGUGUUGUAUAUUCUACUGCAAAAGGAUUAGAUUUUAAUUGGUGUAAAUCAUCUGAUAUAGGAUUAUUGACACCAGAUAUAGUGAUUUUUAUGAAUAUGCCUUCUGAAGAAUUAUUGAAAAGAAAAGGUUUUGGCAAUGAAAGGUAUGAGAAAUUGGAGUUUCAGCAAAAAGUGAAAGAUAAUUUUUUAAAAUUAGAAGAUCCUAGAUUUUGGAAGAUUUUAGAUGCAAAUAAAUCAAUAUCAAAAAUUCAUGAACAAAUUAUGAAGUUAUCAUUAGAUACAAUUGAGCAAAGUAAAAAAUUACCUUUAAAACAAGAUUUAUGGAAAAAUUAA